AGUGUUCCGCAAGGUUCUACAAUAUGGUUCUGCGAAAUGGUUCUGCGAAAUGGUUCUGCGAAAUGGUUCUGCGAAAUGGUUCUGCGAAAUGAUUCUACUAUAUGGUUCCUCGAUAUGGUUCCUCGAUAUGGGCUUUAGCAAACGCUACUAACGAAGACACUUCGAUUUCACAAACCGAGUUUAUCACAUUGUACAAGUCUCUAUGUGUUCACUAUCUUUAAUAAUCUGGCCUGUGGAACUUAUGCUUUAACGAUGCUUCAACGACACGACGAAAAUUCUCUUUUUUUUUUUCUUUUUUUUCUUUUUUCCCCAUAAAAUGUUCUUCUAUUUGUAAUUUUAACAAUUAAUAACUAUUCAUCGAAACGUUUCUACGUCGUAAUUUUAAGUAAUACAAAUAAAUUAAAAAUACUUUUAUGAGAACAUUUUUUAAGCGGUAAUAUCUUUUUAAUACGAAUGCACUCGUCGAGUGCCAUUUUCGUCGAGAGCGUCAGUUUAUUUUAUUCGAUCGAUCGUAAUUAAAACAAGCUUGCGUUCGAAUUACAUAUUUUCUCUAUAUAUAAUAUAUCUCUUGACGCGUAUGUGCGCUUGUGUAUGUUACUUUCAUAAAUGUCUUAUCAUUCGUAACGUAAUAUACGUCCAAUAGAUAUUUUCUAUCCCAACGUUUAUUAAAUAAAUUAAUUCGUUUUCAUCUGUAGUCGGCUCAAUAACGAAUUCGUUCUUUUGGUUCGCGUUCACUUUUUACUUCACUCAUUAUCGAAAGAGAUAUGGAUGGAUAGAAAGAAAUUUUCGUAUCUUCUCAUGGAAAGGAAAAGCUUAUAAAAGGGAGUGAAUAUUGUGUGAAAUGCGUUGUAAAAGGGAUUGUUGCGUUUGAUAAACUUUAAUCCAUACAAGUUCACGAGUUACGUCGAGAAUAAAAAUUAGUUAAAUUGUCACGAUGGUUUCGCUUAUGAAAAGUUUUAAAGGAAUGCAUUUAUUUCGAAUAGCGACGAAGGAUAAUUAUUAAUUUAUGUUCUCGCAAAAGCAACGAAUCGACGGAUGUUUAUGCGCAUGAUGAGAGUAAGUGGGUGGGGGUAAAGUACUUCGAUAGGGAUAUGAAGUAUUAAAAGGACCAUUGCGAACGAGAAAGUUUACCUCAGGAACGAGUCGCAUCAAUUUUACGUUCAGUUCGUCGACAGCAUUCCUAAGAACGGAAAAUGGAAAGUGACAUAAAACGAGUGGAUCUGUCCGAUACCGUCAAAGUGUUGACAUGGAACAGGAGAUGCCUCAGUAUCGUGGGAAUAUGGCCUUUGAAGGUUUACGAUCCGAUAUUCCUUUUUUCCAUCGUAUAUCUGGCAAUUCAUUUUGUCUUAGGAAUUCUCGAUUUAACCAAUUACUCGAACAACUUUGAUCUUAUAGUAGCAAAUAUUACGGAAAACAUGGUUAUGCUGAACACUCUCAUCAAAAUGACCAUCUGUAGAUAUUAUAAAGAUUCGUUGGCGCAAUUUUUGUUAACAAUACGAAAGGAUUUUAAGGUCGAAAAUUACAAAAGUCAAGAUGAAAUUUUAACAUUUUUCGCUUACAAUAGACUAUCUUAUCUAUUCGGUGUAAUAUCUUUAUCUUUUAUGGGUAUCAUCUCGAUAAUAUAUUUCUUGGGAUCAUUGAUAACGAACGUGCAAAUGGGUAAUUAUUUUCAACGUUUGGGGGCCAUCAUAAAAAAGGGGCGGCAACGAAAAUCGGAAAAUUUACUUGUUACAGUUAUGGAUAAUUCCUCUUUCGGUUAUCAGCUGCCUUAUAAGACGCGACCAAUCAUAGAAAUCAAUGAUCCUACGACCUAUGGUCUUCAUUGUUUAUAUCAAGUUAUUAUUUUACCGCUGAUUACGUUCGGUUCCGUUGGUUACGAUUCCUUCUUCAUCACAUUGUCUCUUCACGUUACCGCACAAUUGUCCGUAUUGAAAUACAGAGUUAAAUUAGCUUUGGAAGAUCCAAAUGGUUGCCAAUGCGGGAUGAAAAAAUUGAUUAACAGACAUUACGGACUAAUAAGAUUGGUGGAUAUCUUGGAGGAUGCCUUCAACCUUGGAAUUCUAGAACAUCUUCUAGGAACGACGUUCAGCUUGUGUAUUUCCGGUUAUAACGCCAUAACGCGUUCAUCGAACGGUCAACUUCUCGAGCUCUUUCUAUUUUUUAUAUUCUCAAGUAUAAUACUAAGCACGUUGUUCGUCUAUUGCUAUAGCGGCGAAUGUCUCAUUCAAGAAAGUACGGAUUUUGCCGUGGCGUUUUACAAUUACGAAUGGUACAACAUAUCGCCGGUGGACUUGAAGAUGAUCUUAAUUUGUAUGAUACGAGCAAGUAAACCGUUGCAAUUGACCUCUGGAAAAUUUUUCGUACUAUCGUUAUGUACUUUCACCGAUAUAUUGAAAACUUCUAUGGGAUACCUAUCGGUAUUACGUACUAUGUUAUGAUCGAACGCGCGCAAAUAAAUCCUCCUAUUCGUCUUAUUUAUGUGAAACGAAUUCGAUUGUAAAGUCAUACAUCGAGACGUCUUCAAUAGAAAUUUCCUUUACACA